AUGAGUUCCCCGGCGAUAAAUCAAGACAUGAUUCUAGAGAUUCUCUCUCGUUCUCCAGCUUCGGAUGUUGGAAAAUACAGGCUUCUGAACAAAGAUUGCAACAAGAGAAGUUACGAGUCUUGGUUUCUCAAUAUCAAUCUCCUUAGAACCAAUUCGAUUUCAGGAUACUUGGCGCAAUACAACGAAGGAGGAUGCAAAUUUCAAACCAGCUUUGUCCACGAGAGGAGAGGUUUUGAAAACAACGGAGUCUCGAUGAAUUUUCUACCACCAGAAAAAGUAAAAAUUGAAGCUUGUGAUGCAAGUCAUGGGAUUUUUCUUUGUGCUAAUGAAACAGGACCAAGUGUGCCGGAGUACAUAGUCUGCAAACCAACAACAGAACAGUAUCAAAUCAUACCGAGCCCACAAAUGCAGAAUUGCUCUAUCUCAUUCGGUUUAACGGUAAUCCGAUCGAAGCCUUUCCGGUAUCCAAAAUUGGUCAGAUUCGAAGGGAAGCUAGGUGUUAUUCGUUGGUGGAUGACCGGUUCUGGAGAGGAAUUAAACCGGUUAUGGGUUUUAAAGAGCAGUUGUGAAAAGUCGUGGGUAAAAGUGAAAGAUAUUAAAUGUAUGGGGUUAGGAGAGAACGUUGUGUGGACUCCAAGCAACGACGUCAUAACGCUUUCAAGCUGGGAUCGAUUUUGUUUCUACAACAUAAACACAGAGAAGUUGAUCUUUCAUGUGAAGAAGGAAUUCGCCAAUUACAUAUGUUUUCCGUUUUGUUCUGACUACGAAAGGGUUGAUCUAAAUGAAAGAAGAGAAUCAGUCAGAGAUGGGUCGAGAAAUGCAAUUUAG